UCUCCAUCUCUGCUGCUCCCCCUCAGCAGCUCCUCUCUCUGACAGCCUGGUGAUGAAGCUCAUUAACUUCAUCUGUUUACUGCACGAGCCACACACACACACAGACACACACACACACACACACACACACUGCUCCUUCCUCUCCUGUUUUGUUCGCACCUUCCUCUCCACCAGACCAGGACCGGGGUCAUGCUGCUUAGACCUGAGACCCGCUCCAUGACCACCGGGGAACUUGAUGAGACCCUCAGACUCCCAUCAGCCUGGACUCUGCUGGUGUGAUGAGCCUGAGAGCCUCCCGUGUUUCCUGUGACGCAGGACAGCCGCGCCGCGCCGCACCGCGCCGCGCACUUCGGAGAGCUCCGAGAAGGGGAGGAGGGAAAAAAAGCGCGUCCGUCACUUCGGUCUUCUGUGACCACUCGACCCAGACGUGAAGAUGUAUUUUACUGUGGUGAGCACCUCGACACACUGAUCUGAGAGCUGUGUGUGGGAGGAGAGGAACCCGGGCUCCGGAGCGUCAUCCUCAGGCUGAGCGGCGAGAGGGAGUCGAACCGACACCUGCAGGUGAUCCGGAGCGGCACAAAGCUGCUGUUUGGAGGAAUUUACCGCUUCUCAUCCAGGAUCAGGAACAGAUCGGGAACAGAUCGGGAACAGAUCUGCCCCGGAACUGCGGGAACAGAUAAAAGUGGAUUUAAUUGAUUUUUUCUCCUGCUGGUUGGUGGAUGCUGAUGAGGAGCCGGAUCGAGUCCUCGCGGAGGAAUUUAGAGCAAAAUGUUUGUGUGAUGUGACAAACAGCUGGAGACAGAAAACAUCUGUCUGACCUGUGACACCGAGAGGAAACACCUGCUCCUGCUGCGGAGAGGAAAGGUUUCAGGAAGAAUGUGAAACUGGAGCUGCUGAGACCCUGAAGCUCCGUCUCCUCCUCUGCAGACAGCGAUGUCCGACACAGGAAGCAGUACUGCAGGAACACCUUGGGGUCAGCAUUCGUAGGUGGGACUGCCCGCCGUGGUUGGCCCUGCCCUGGGUGACGGGGGACUCCAUGGUCUGGCUCAACCCAUCCUCGCCACACCCGCCUGCACCGCCACUGCAGCCACCUGCCUGUUGAUUGUGCGACCGUAUCACCUCUCACUUCCCCUGCAGCUCCACUCACCUCAACAUGGCGAGGGGUCAGAAGCCCCCGGGCGUCACCGGCCACUGCGUCCUCUCUCUGCUGAUGCUUGAGAGCUGCUGGCUGCUUGGCUCCGCUGCCCAAAAGCCCGCCAUGCUGUCGGACUCCCAGCAGCCCCAGCAGGAGUAUGCCCACUCCAUCCGGCUGGAUGGUGACAUCAUCCUGGGCGGCUUGUUCCCAGUGCACUCUCGUGGUGAGAGGGGUGUCCCCUGUGGUGAACUGAAGAAGGAGAAGGGCAUUCACCGGCUGGAGGCCAUGUUGUUCGCCAUCGACCUCAUCAACAAGGACCCGGAGCUGCUGCCUAACGUGACGCUUGGGGCGCGCAUCUUGGACACGUGCUCACGUGACACCUACGCCCUGGAGCAGUCGCUCACAUUCGUCCAGGCACUCAUCGAGAGGGACGGCUCAGACGUCCGCUGUGCUAACGGAGAUCCGCCCAUCUUUGCCAAGCCGGAUAAAGUGGUGGGCGUCAUCGGGGCGUCGGCCAGCUCGGUGUCGAUCAUGGUGGCCAACAUCCUGCGACUUUUCAAGAUCCCUCAGAUCAGCUACGCCUCGACGGCUCCAGAGCUCAGCGACAACACUCGCUAUGACUUCUUCUCCCGCGUAGUUCCUCCAGACUCCUACCAGGCUCAGGCCAUGCUGGACAUCGUCACGGCGAUGGGCUGGAACUACGUGUCCACGCUCGCCUCUGAGGGAAACUACGGCGAGAGUGGCGUGGAGGCCUUCGUCCAGAUCUCCAGAGAUUCAGGUGGGGUUUGCAUCGCUCAGUCUCUGAAGAUUCCUCGGGAGCCGAGACCCUUAGAGUUUGACAAGAUCGUCUUGCGUCUGCUGGAGACGCCCAAUGCCCGCGCUGUCAUCAUGUUCGCAAAUGAGGACGACAUCAGGCGAAUUCUCGAUGCGGCAAAACGCAACAACCUGACGGGUCACUUCCUGUGGGUGGGCUCUGACAGCUGGGGCUCCAAGAUCUCUCCAGUGGUCCAGCAGGAGCGGGUGGCCGAGGGCGCCAUCACCAUCCUCCCCAAGAGGGCGUCUGUGGACGCGUUCGACCGUUACUUCAAGAGCCGCUCGCUGUCCAACAACCGCAGGAACGUCUGGUUCGCCGAGUUCUGGGAGGAGAACUUUGUCUGCAAGCUGGGGAUGCACGGCAAGAGGCCAGGCAGCCCCAAGAAAUGUACAGGAUUGGAGAAAGUCGGCCGUGACUCCACCUACGAGCAGGAGGGGAAGGUUCAGUUUGUGAUGGACGCCGUGUACGCCAUGGCCCACGCUCUGCACCACAUGCACCGCGAGCUCUGCGCCGGAUACCCCGGCCUCUGCCCGCGCAUGGCCAAUAUCGACGGCAAGGAGCUGCUGGCCCACAUCCGUGCUGUUAGCUUCAACGGAAGUGCCGGAACUCCAGUCAUUUUCAACGAGAAUGGCGAUGCUCCUGGACGCUACGACAUCUUCCAGUAUCAGAUCAACAACAGGUCAAUGGCAGAGUACAAGGUCAUCGGACACUGGACCAAUCAACUGCAUCUAAACAUGGAGGCCCUGCAGUGGACCACCGGCGACUCCUCCCUGCCGGCCUCAGUGUGCAGCCUGCCAUGCCGGACCGGCGAGAGGAAGAAGGUGGUGAAGGGCGUCCCGUGUUGCUGGCACUGUGAGCGCUGCGAGGGAUACCACUUCCAGGCCAGCGAGUUCACCUGUGAGCUCUGCCCCUACGAGAAGAGACCCGACCAGAACCGCACGAGCUGCCAGCCCAUCCCCAUCAUCAAGCUGGAGUGGCACUCGCCCUGGGCACUGAUACCCGUCUUCAUCUCCGUCCUGGGCAUCAUCGCCACUACCUUUGUCAUUGUCACCUUUGUCCGCUACAAUGACACGCCCAUUGUUCGCGCAUCAGGACGGGAGAUGAGCUAUGUGCUGCUGACGGGCAUCUUCCUGUGUUACAUCAUCACUUUCCCCAUGAUCGCUGCGCCGGAUGUGGUCGUCUGCUCCUUCCGCCGCAUCUUCCUAGGCCUCGGCAUGUGCUUCAGCUACGCCGCACUGCUUACCAAGACCAACCGCAUCCACCGCAUCUUCGAGCAGGGCAAGAAGGCAGUGACGGCGCCACGCUUCAUCUCACCAGCCUCCCAGCUGGUCAUCACCUUCUCUCUGAUCUCAGUCCAGCUGCUCGGUGUCCUUAUCUGGUUCGCCGCCGACCCACCGCACACCUUUGUGGACUACGGUGAGCAGCGCACGCAGGAUCCCUGGAACGCUCGCGGCGUCCUCAAGUGUGACAUCUCUGACCUGUCGCUCAUCUGCUCUCUGGGAUACAGCAUCCUCUUGAUGGUCACAUGCACUGUUUACGCCAUCAAGACUCGUGGCGUACCAGAGACCUUCAAUGAGGCCAAACCCAUUGGAUUUACUAUGUACACGACCUGCAUCAUCUGGCUCGCCUUCAUCCCCAUCUUCUUUGGCACGGCACAGUCAGCGGAGCGGAUGUACAUCCAGACGGCCACGCUGACCGUUUCCCUCAGCCUCAGCGCCUCUGUCUCUCUGGGCAUGCUCUACAUGCCAAAGGUCUACAUCAUCAUCUUCCACCCCGAGCAGAAUGUCCCCAAACGCAAGCGCAGCUUCAAGGCCAUCGUCACUGCUGCCACAAUGACCAGCAAGCUGUCCCAGCUGGCGGCCGAGCGGCCCAACGGCGAGGUGAAGACGGAGCUAUGCGAGGGCGUGGAGGCCAGUGUGCCGCCAACAAAAACCACCUACGUCAGCUACACCAACCACGCCAUGUGAAGAAACCACGCCUUCGACACAAGGACGUCCCGGGACAUUUAAAGAAGCAGAUUUCUGUCAGACGUCACCACGAGGUGCUCUGAGCAAUCUGAAGGAUCCGAAUGACUGACAAACUGAACCAACAACAUCUGUGGUGUUUUUUAUGUUUACAGACAGCAGGGAACGGGCCUGAACGGCGCCCAAAACCUGACAGGAUCACAACUGAAAACCAUCCGAGAGACCGUGAGGAAGCAGGAGGAGGAUGGUAAUUCUAAAGACAAAAAAAAAAAAAAAAUUAUAAAAAAAAAUUAAACAAGUCUUCUAAAUGAAAUACAAAAAAGAAAUUGUUGGGACCAACCAUAUUUGUUGUUAUUCUAAUUGUGCGUUGAAAAAAAAACAAACAAAAAAAACUUGUGGUUGUGAAAAUUUCUGGUUCUUGUCUCAUGUCGUCCGUCCGUCGACCUGCAUUAUGAGACGAGUCCGUCGCUGUUUUCGGCUAACUGAACGGUAGCUUUUGGUUGUGAAAUGUCUAAAUGCCAUGGUUGAAUUGAAGCAUGCCCGUUUUUUAUACAAAUGAUCUAUUUAUAAUAAAGGAAUGUUUCACAA